GCUACGCCCCGUAGAAGACGUACGUGGCUUGGGGAAUAGCCGUAGCUUGUGCCGGUUGUACAAGCGGGUGGACUUUACUCGUUGUGGGCGGGGCUGGUCGUUCUCUGUUCCUGCCUACUCCUGCUAUGGCUGCUGCGGGCACCGCCAGCCUCUUGCGGGCCGCCGCGGCCUCCCCCUGCCGCUGGCUCCUGGCCGCGUCCCGGGGAGCCGCGGGGAGGCCGGGCGGGGGCAGCAGCGUCAGCUUCAGCGUCGCUGCCCGGCCACCGGGCCGGUUCUUCGGCGCCUCUGCCCGGGCGCGGCUCAGCUCAGAAGAUAAAGUAACUGUCCACUUCAUAAACCGUGAUGGUGACAAACUAACAGCUGAAGGGAAAGUUGGGGACUCAUUGCUAGAUGUUGUUGUUGAUAAGAAUCUAGACAUAGAUGGAUUUGGUGCAUGUGAAGGAACAUUGGCCUGCUCCACUUGCCACUUAAUCUUUGAAGAUCACAUAUUUGAGAAAUUAGAUGCAAUUACUGAUGAGGAGAUGGACAUGCUGGACCUAGCCUAUGGACUGACAGAAACAUCACGUUUGGGCUGCCAGAUCUGCUUGAAGAAAUCUAUGAACAAUAUGACUGUUCGAGUACCUGAAGCUGUUGCUGACGCUAGACAAUCCAUAGAUAUGAGCAAGAAUUCCUAAAAUAAAACUUAUUUGGAGCUUUUCAUGAAAUUUUUAACUAUUUUUAUAACUUAUUUCUGAAUGUUUAAAUGUGAACUCACAUAAUCAUGGGAGUUAUUUUUUGACUAUUAAUGUUAAUUCUGUUUUCAUUUUCUUUAUGAAACCACUUAUUUUGAUUCUUAAAAAGAGGUAAUACUUUUUAACAAGUUAAAGCUGAACUGUAAAAUGUUGGCCAAAUUAUACUCAGAGAAGUCAUUACUGGAUUUAUUUAUGUAAAGAAGUCUUUUUUUUUUUUUCAGCUGUAUUUGAAAACCAGACUUUUUCACUAAAAUAGUGCAGGGUUUUUUUUGUUGUUUUUUUUAAUAGGUUCAAAACCAUUUGGUUUUUAGGGUUUCAGGCCUAGAAACAUUAGGGUGCUGGACAGAUGACAAAUGUAGCACAGACUGUGUUUCUGUUUAAUUCCUUGUGUAUUUCAUGUGGUGGAACAGAAACAAGUGUAUCUCAAAGAGAGCUAAUGUGCUGGUUGAUGGUAUGGUGCCUUCACAACAACUGGAAAUGUAAUUAGGAAAACGGGUGGAGCUGGCCUAUCCUAAAUCUUGAUAAAAUAUGACAGCUAUUGUUGAGAUGAUAUUUCCAUCCAGUCCAGUCCUGCUGCUGAUAGUGUUUUAAUACCUGAUAAUAGCAAUUUCCUUAUCUUCCCAUUGCCCAUUAUGGAAAUCCUACAGUUACUGUGUGCAAAGGACUAAGUCCUUACUAAAUAUUGGACCCUUUCUAGAUUUUUUUUUUUCCAAUAUGGUUU